AUGGCUGCCAAAACGGCCCGGACGACGGCAUCCCUUAGCCGGCUCCUGCCGAACGUGGGUGGACCGGGCCGCGCUGCGCGUGGGCUCUACGCCAACGUGGUAGCCUCGAUCGCCCUAUACGGGGCCCCCGUUUGGGCGGAGGAGGCGGGUAGGAGGCGUAAGAUCCUGAGCGCCCUCCGCGGGGCACAGAGGGGUAUAGCGGGGAGAGCCAUCAAGGCAUAUAGGACGGUCUCUCACGCAACGGCGACGGCGCUGGCCGGGACUCCUCCGCUGGAGUUGAGGGGUAUAGCGGAGAGAGCCAUCAGGGCAUAUAGGACGGUCUCCCACGCAACGGUGACGGCGCUGGCCGGGACUCCUCCGUUGGAGUUGGUGGCCAAGGCGCUCGCGGAGAUCUACCAGGUCAUCACCGCGAUCAAGGAGGAACAGGGCCUCCAGGCCGUUACUCCUGGCCUCGUAUCCCAGGUGCGAGAGGCCGGUAGGAGGCGUAUGCUCGACGAAUGGAAACGCUGGAUAACAACGGCACGAGGAGGAGGAGGGGAAACACUCCGGGCGAUACAGCCGCUACUUAGAGAAUGGACGAAGGCCAGGGUGCACCUCUCGUACCGUGCGACGCAGAUACUCACAGGCCAUGGGUGCUUUAGCCGGUAUCUGCGGCGCAUUGGAAAGGAGCGAGAGCUGCUGGUUUUGCGAUGCAGCCAGCGACACGGCUGA